UUAUCUUAAGAGUCAAUUACAGUAGCACGAGUAUCGUACGUUUGGUUAGUUGAAUCAAGCUGAUUGUAGAUGUUCUAGUUUAUUUAGAAAGCACUAUGCACUGUGCUCAAAUUGACAAAUCGGAAAAUGAUGACGAAAAGUUACUUCGCCAAACACAGACUGUUCAUAAAAUCGAAACAGAUAACGAAAUAACUAUUAUUCCGAGAAAAGGGCUCACCGAAAGAUUAAAAUAUCUGAGAUCAAACAUAACUGUGGAACCCAUUAUGGCUGGUCUGGUUAUACCGGCGGCCAUGGCAAAACUCGCGAUUCAAAAUUUAAAUUUGGCUAAAGCUUGUCUUGUGAAACUAAAUUAUGGCCCUGAAAUAUGUAAUCCCUUAAUUGAUAAACAUGGCAGCAACUUGACUGAAUAUGAGCGAGAAGUGCAGAAAGUCAUUUCGUCGAUAGAAACAUGGAGAAGCAUAAUUCAUACCGCCUUACCUACGCUCGUUGUGAUGUUUAUGGGAGCCUGGAGCGACAGAACUGGUAACAGAAAAAUCUGCAUGUUGCUUCCUAUUUUCGGAGACUUAUUGAUGACUGUAAGCAAUAUAGUAUGCACCAUUCUUUUUUACGAGAUCCCCGUAGAAGUUACAAUGUUUCUAGAAGUAUUGUUCCCGGCCAUUACUGGGGGUUGGGUUACGAUCUUUAUUGGGAUUUUUAGCUAUAUUAGUGACAUUACCACCCCAGAGACCAGAACGUUUCGUAUUGGCUUGGUGAACUUGUGCCUAACGAUCGGCAUACUCAUAGGAACUAGUUUGAGUGGAAUCCUACUAAAAUGUUUUGGUUAUGUGGGGACAUUUCUCAUAUCUGGUUGUCUAUUCUUACUGACAAUGAUAUACGGUUACAUUUGUUUAAAAAAUAAUACAAAACCAGCUAAAAUGGAAAUCAAAAAGUUCAAGUUUUCAGAGUUGCUGUCUCUACAAAAAGAUACCAUAUCUGUCAUCACCAAGAAAAGACAGGGGGACUUAAGAUUGAUGAUUACUUUAAACUUAUUAGUAGUUGCUAUUAUUUAUGGACCCAGCCACGUUGAAAAGCUGUGGUGGCCGAGUGGAUAUGGCGUCAGAAGGGGUGGCGCGGGGAAGCGGGCCGGGAGGUAA